AGUUGUUUUCCCGGGCCAUUUGGUUUGAAACUGGUGUACAUAUCUUGCUACUCUGUUGGUCGUUAACUAUUAAAAGUGUCUUUAAAUGGUUCAUUUUGUGAAUCCUUUAACUGUGAUUGUAUUUAAUCUGAUUGACCAAGUGCCCAAAUGUCGUCACCUUCACAAUCGCCUAAACCUCUAUCCCCCAUCACCACUCCACCUUCACCUUCAUUCGCCAAUCCGUUGAAAGAUAUUCAGCUGAAAAGCUCAAUGAACGCCCUAAAGGAGAACUAUCUUCGAUCAAAGAUUACUAAAGACUAUGAGACUUUAUCUGAAGAAAUUCAAAGACUGCAGAAAAAGAAUGAAGAGCUUGAAUUUGAAAAUAACGAGUUUCGAGAGACUAUCGAUUAUCUCAACUGUGAAAAACAAAUAAUUGAAGAAGACAAGAAAGAAUUCGAGGAACAGUUGGCGAAGGAGAUAAUCACUCGCACUGAGAUUGAGGCCAAACUGCAACAAGCAUACAACAAGAUUCAAUCAUUAGAAAAUGAAAUUGAGAGCCUCGGGAAAGAGGUUAAAGAUAGAAAUGAUGAACUUGAUAAAUUGGAUAAAAGGUAUAUCAAACAUCGAGCCAUCUGGGAAGAGAACGAAAGACGGGCAGAAGAUGAAAUUAAAAGGUUGGACCAAUUUAUUGACGAAAUGAAAAGUAUUCUUAAAGGCAAUUAUGACAUUGUAUCUAAAUGUAAACCUCUGGAGCUAAUGUUUCAAAAGUUAAUUGAAACGAACCAAUCUGGAGAAAACGAUUGAAAUCUCAUUUGUUUUUAAUUGAAACUCACAUUAAUGCGACCUGAUUUUCCCUUUUUCAGUACUGUUCCAAUGUUUUUGUAUUUCACAUCACAUUGUAACACAAUGACUUGAAGCAACCAUUUUUAUUGUUUAUUUAUUCUUAUGUUCUUUGUAUCCUGAUUGCUUGUUAAAACUUUAAAUGUACACGAAAAUAUCCAUUCUAAUUAUCUAAAAUUAUCAAUUUCAUUUUACUUUCCCGCUUGACAAGAAUCAAGAUUUAGAUUAACCGCUGAGGAUUGCAUGGAAAUGUUGCUUUUAAAAGACAAAGAUUAAACAAGAUGUAUUUAUUAAAUCGUUAA